AUGCGCGCCAGGAGCGGUACUAAUCACGCAUAUGCCCGCAUAACAGUCGAGGAAAUCGCCAAGCAGUUCGUCAAUGGCUUCUUCACGGGGAUGAGCACCAACAUCCAGGGCCUCGCCGCCGUCUACAACGCCAACUCCGUUAUGACCUUCGAGUCUCAGAAGUUUGAGGGUGUCCAGGCUAUCCUGGAGAAGCUGACGAGCCUUCCCUUCAAGAUGAGCGGCCACCAGCUCUCCACCCUCGACGCCCAGCUCGCCUCUGGCGAUCUCCUGAUUCUGGUCACAGGAAAGCUCAAGGUUGACGAGGACGAGAACCUGAUAAACUUUGUCCAGAACUUCAAGGUCAGCGUCGUUCAGGGCCCCGGCGGCGAGAUCACUGGCUUCACCGUCAACAACGACAUCUUCAAGCUGGUUUACUAA